AUGGGAGUUUGCCAAACAAAAAAGUUAAACACAAAGUUAGACUCGUAAAGAGUGAAAACCGAAAGUAAGACAAAGAUAGAUCUGUCUGGUACCUAAGAGACUGAAUUAAAAAAAUCGCUUCAUCAACAUUAAGAGAAGCAAGCCAAUACAGAAACCAUUUGUAUUCAAAAUUUAGAUUGUACAAUCCCAGCAAGUCAAAGAGGUCUCGCUUUUACAAUGCCAAAACUAUUGAAUUCUCCUUAAAGCCUUAAUAAUCCUCUUUUAGAAUCGACAAGUGCUUCUAAGAAGUAUACUCUUAUUGGUCAACAUAAAUCAAAUUAUUAACUUUAAAUUUUACAAAACAACAAAACUGGAAUGCUUGUUUAAAUGUAAAAUAUUCCAAAGCAUAUAGAGGGCAACGAGAAAUAUAUUAAUUAACUCCAAAAGAUUUCAAUUGAUCAUCCAAAUAUCUUAAGAAUCAUCGAGAUCUACCAAGAUAAAAGCAACUAUUAAGUGAUUUCUGAAUACUUCAAUGGAUCCAAUCUUUCAGACUUAAUUAUUGGAGAAGCCAAAGUAUCAAAACCCUAAGUAGCUUAAAUUUACGAAUAAAUUAUAUCAGCUAUGUCUUAUCUUCAUCAAAAGAAUAUUGUCCAUGGCAAUUUGACUCUCAAAUCAUUUUAAUAUAUGAACCUUAAUAAUCGACUGGUUGUCAAGCUUACCAAUUUAAAAACAAUCUAUUGCAAAGACUUAACAAAUAUUGAAGUUAUAAAAUUGCUCCCUCCAGAAUGUCUCUAUCGUUAAGAACAAUUUACAAAAGAAAGAGACAUAUGGACAGUGGGUUUGAUUGGAUUGAUACUAAGAAAAGGUAAAUUACCAUAUGAAAUUCCAUAAAAUACUACUUAACAAAUUAUGAUAUAGAUUAUCAAAGAUCAUAAAUUUAAUUUCCAACAUAAAAAGGAUCAGAAAUUCAAACAUUUUCUAGAGACAGUACUGUCUAAAUAUCCUUAAGAAAGACUUGAUUUUGACAAAUUACGUAAGCAUGAAUUUAUAAAGUUUUAUUCUAAGAAAAAAGCAAACACAAAAGUAUAAUUACUCAAAAACUUCUUAACUAAUAAACCAUGCCGUCCCAUCUAAUAAUUAAUGUUAAGUUAUUUUGGAUAAGAAUUCAAUAUAGAAGAGUAUUUUGCUGCCUAAAAGCUAUAUAUAGAAGCUAAUACCAACAAUGAUGGUUCUUUAAGUAAAUAAGAAUUAAUUAAACUAUUUUACAAUUACAAAAUUAAUAAAGAAAACAUCGCUCAAAAAAUAGAUGAUAUAUUCUAAUAAUUUGAAAUAAAUGAUUAAAUGGGAAUGGAUUAAAAUAAAUUUGUUUCUUUAACCUUAUCUCGUUCAAUCUUAUUGACUCAAGAAAAUAUUGAAACAUGCUUUGCUAUCUUCUCAUUCAACAAAUCGGAUAUUUACUUGAAAGGAUUGAAAAGACAUUUACAAUGUGAAACUGUUGAUAUUAAAUCAGAAUUUGCAUCUAUGACUGAUGAUCUAAACUCACUUAAUUAAUAACAAUUUGAAUCUAUGAUGAAAUUAUUGAAAUGA